GUGAUAAAAAUUUAAGAAAUUUAAAUUUCAGUAAAGUUCGACACUUGAAUAUCUUCGAACUUUGAAUAGCACUACUAUGGCUUAUCGAUGGUCGGACCCGAGCAUGUUGGAGAUAUUGGAACAAUUCACGCCGGUUUCAAUGGCGAGCAAGUUGUGCAAGGAGAAAUGCGAGGAAUGCGUCCAAGAGGCGACUGAUGAUGCAAAUGAGGAUAAGGAUGAUGAUUUUGUAGAAGUGGAAAACUCCAUGGAGCUGGUGGAGAACUUCAUGCAGUUGGGACUAGCCGAGAGCAGCAUGGAGAUUCUCGUAAUUGCGGGUGAGCGGCAUUUCGCUUGCUCCGGCCUGUUGCUCUAUGCCUACUCGGACUUUUUUAAGGAGCGGCGCGGCAUGUGCCAGGUGGAUUUACGUAAGACGCCCAUAACGGCGCAGCUGUUCCAGGAGAUUUACGAGUGGAUGCUGGAGCCGGACAAGCGUCCAGCGCUGGAGAAUAUAACGGAAAUCUACUUGGCUGCCUGCUAUUUGCAAAUCAAGGACUUGACCGAGCAUUGCUUUUUGAUUCUAUGCAGUGAUAAUUUUUGCGAGCUGGAUGCAUUUGAUGUGCUCAUCCUAUGCAGAAAUAUUGCUGAGCUGGGUGACGUUAGCUUGGCGCUGAUUAGGCGCAUCUCCAAGUGCGCCUUGGUCAUCAUGAGCUCGCCGCAUUUUCUGCGUCUCUCGGAGCUGCAGGUCAGCGCCCUGGCCGAGUCCAAUGAGCUGGCUGUCAACUCCGAGUGUGAGGUGGCCUUCGCUGUUCUGCGCUGGCUGCAGCAGAACUGGCCAGAGCGUCGAGAGAGCAUGGUCAAGGUGCUCAGCAAUGUGCGCUACGAAUACUUUCCGCCUUUGAUGCUGACCAAGUUGAUUGACGCCAACUGCAGCGACUUUGGCCCACUUGCCGACAUAAUGAUGUCCUUUAUAAGCGCGCCCAGCAUGAAGAAUCUCAUUGAGAACGGCAUGUUCUAUGCCACGCUGGUGCUUACAACUGCCGGCAACAUCCAGCAGAUCGAACGCACCUUGAAGAACUUUCGCUCCAAGGAUGCCAAGUCGACGCUUGUGCCGCGUCGCUGGAUGCGCCACGAGCGCUGCAUGUACCACAGACCCAUUAGCGCUACUUGCCCCAAUAUGCGUCCCGUUACCUUCGAUCAAUACAAUGAAUAUAUUGAGCUGCUGCAGAAGCCCGAUUUUGAUUUUGAAAAUGAAUUUGAGUUGGCAGCUGUAGACGGAGCAGAAGCAAAGCAAAACUGAUACGAUAUAUAUAGCAUAUAAUUAAAUUGUUAAUUAAAAUGUUAUAACUAUGUAUGGCAAAUAGCUUCAAAUACUAGACAAUUUUGAUAUGAGGCAGCGACUCCUGCCCCAUAGGAACCACCUAGCGGCUUCAUUACCAAACCCAAUGGCUAGACGAAGGCUAAAGAGACUUCAUCCAGGAGAGGGA